AUGAUAACCACGAUAGGGGUUCCACUCUCGCUCGCUUCAUCAUUAUCGUCACGACGGAUCGCAGGAGCCGUAGCGGCAGCGGCAGCUUUAAGAAGCAUCGCUACGACCACCCAGGCCCAGGGUCGGCCCCGACUGGCCCGACUGGCCCGCUGGCGACCGACCAGCUCGGCUGAACGGCGAUUCCACUCGGCAGUGUGGCCCUCGUAUGGGAUCACCACGCCCGUUCCCGAUCGCCAGCUGCUCGGCCUCACGCGAUCGCCUUUUCGAUUUGAGACCGGCUACGCUUUAUGUGCCAAACGACCUCCACGCCCGUUCCCUCCUCCCUUUCUCUCCCCACCCUCCUCGUCCUUUUCCGAUCCAUUGACUACCCAUUCAUCGAGUCAGGAUAAGAGAUUAUCCGUCCAGGGCGAACUGGUUCGUGGCUUGAAUAACGGCGACGACGCCAUCAUCGCCGCAGAGAACUUUAUCGGCGUCGACGAUGGGGUCGGCGCCUGGGCGACCCGGCCUCAUGGCCAUGCCGCGCUGUGGUCCCGGCUCCUGCUACACUUCUGGGCCCUCGAGAUCGAGCGCCGAGUCACCGUGAACGCGACCUGCCUCGACCCGGUCGAAUAUCUCCAGUCCGCAUACGAAGAAACCAUUCGCGCCACCACCUCCCCGACUCAGUGGCUCGGUACGACGACGUCAGCCACCGCCUUGCUACACUGGACACGCGAGCCGGAUGGCUCCCAGAAGCCCCUGCUAUAUGUCACCAACCUAGGGGACUGCAAGAUCCUAGUCAUUCGCCCCAAGGAAGGCAAGGUUCUCUUCCGCACAGCAGAACAAUGGCACUGGUUUGACUGCCCCAUGCAACUGGGCACCAACAGCGUCGACACCCCCCGCAAGAAUGCGGUGCUCUCCAAGAUCGCCCUGGAGGAAGAUGACAUCGUGCUAGCGGUGUCGGACGGCGUCAUGGAUAAUCUGUGGGAACACGAAGUAUUGAAAGUCAUCCUGGACAGCCUGCAGAAAUGGGACCAGGGGCAAGCGGAAGGCGUGUCCCCGCCGCCAGAUCUCUCCAAUGAGCGGAUGGUCUAUGCGGCUAGAGAGCUCCUCAACGCCGCUCUCAACAUUGCGCAGGAUCCAUUUGCAGAGAGCCCCUACAUGGAGAAAGCAGUUGAUGAAGGCCUUGCCAUUGAAGGAGGUAAGUCGGCCAUCUCGAAAAUGAUCGUCUGUCGAACUAAGUUUUCUAAUUCGCGAAUAGGCAAAAUGGACGAUAUAUCCGUUGUGGUUGCAUCAUGCAAGAAACGUGUUGGGUGA